AUUAACGAUGGCGGAAUACUUGUCGAAGAAGCCUGCGAAGAGUAUUUUAAAAACUUCUAUAAGUUUUGAGCAUCCUGAAAGUCAAAAACAUAGAAGGCAUAAAAGCCAAGACAUCCAAUGGGAUGAGAUGAACAUCCUCCAAACUCUACAUCCUCCAGAUAAAGACUAUGGACACAUGAAAGUUGAUGAACCAAAAACUCCAUUUAACUACUACACAGAUGAAGAUGUGGAGGGUAUUCAAGCCAGUAAGAGAGAUGCUCUUGAUGCAGCACUUCUAACAAAGAAAAUCAAUCUUGAAUCUGAAAAUUUGCCAAAAGCCAUGAUAGAAGUUGAUGAUGAUGAUGAUGAAGAUGAGCAUGGAGAAGAAACAGAAGAGGAAAGAGCGAAUAGAAAAGCUUUUGAAUAUAGAAGGAAAGUCCACUACAAUGAGUUCUAUGCUGUCAAGUUGGCAAGAAAGUUGAUGGCCCAAGAAGGUUUUGAAAGUGAAGAUGAGGAUAAUAAAGAUGAAACAAUUGGUGAAUCACAGUCCGAAGCAACAAAAGCAAGUGUUGGAAGUUCUGACGAAGAAGUGGCAGGACCGACUUGUAAUGAAAGUACGGAGAUCUCAUUGUGAACAUUACUGUCUUCAUUUUCUCCUGUGGUCUUGGUUACAAGUUGGUAGAGCUGAGGUUGUGGGUAGCAGAGUUAGAGGUGCAGCAGUAAGUCAAGAUUAAUUAAGAUUGUUCCCCACUUUUUUGUUUUACUUUAAGUGGGAAUUUUUGUGUGUGUGUGUGUGUGCAUAUGUAUAGAUUAAUAAUAUUAUGUAGAGAUUAGCAAAUUUUUAGUAAAAAUUUAUAUUUUUUCAUUCUUUAUUUAAAACUUUUGAAGCAUCAGUGAUCAACAAAUUCAAACAUUAAGCUGUAGCUAGAAGCACACUGUCCAUCUCACUUGUUCCUCUAACCAACUGUUGGCUGUAUUUCAGAUUUUCACCUGGUAUACUUACGUAUUGGUUGUC